GCUACGUGGACAGGAAGCAGCAGCGCCGUCAGCUCGGAAAGGAGAUUCAUGCUAAAUUUCAACAACAAACCGAGACUUCAGGAACUGAGCGCGAUGUCCGGAAUAACGGACUGACACCAAGUUGUUUUACUUUGUUUUACGUUGUUUUAGACGACUGAGGCUUUUAAUAGCGAUGGGAUUCGUCGGGACUGAGCUCCGUCCAGGGAGCGCUGUGUUGGACGGCUAGCUCGCUAACUAGCGGGCUAGUAGGCUAACGGUGGCAGUAAUAACUCUGUUUAUUAGCUCAGCGUCACUCAGACUCUCUGUAAAGUAUGAUGUAAGAUAGCCAGCGCUUUCAUAAAUAACAGUUCUCCUUGCUUGAGGAAACCUGGCUGGCUAAGUUGGCCGGCCGAGAGUAAAGAUGAGCUGGUUCAACGCUUCCCAGCUGUCCAGCUUCGCCAAACAAGCUCUGACAACUGCCCAGAAAUCCAUCGACCGAGUUCUGGACAUAAAAGAAGAGGACCAGUGGGGGGAUGGCAUCGCACCUGCUUUAGAGGAUGCUCCAACCAAGCCUGUAUCCACAGGAUGGGGAAUGAAUCAGUGGGUCUCACCCUCAGAGGAAUGCCCAAAGACUCUUCCCCCUUCAUCCGAGGCCAUCACCAAGCCUGUCACUCGCACUGUGGUCGAUGAAUCUGAGAGCUUCUUCAGUGCCUUCCUAUCUCCCGGGGACAUCCAGACAGUCAAGAAGACUUCAGUGGUGUCCGUGGCGCCGACCAAAUCCUACAGCCGAAUACAGGAGAAAGCCGACAAAGAGACGAAACCUGCUGGCAAGGAUGACGUAGACUCUUCCAAGCUUUCUCAGCCAGAUUCCGACAGACGUGACAGCCUGGGACCAGAAGAGGUGAACCUGGUGGAGGUCAAGCCAAAAGAACAAGAGCCACCUCCAGCCAGUGCACCCCAGCAACCAUCUGCAGAUAGUGUUCCACAACAGCCUGAGCCUGUUCCUCUUGAUUCAUUGACUGCACAAGAGCAAAAGGCUGAACCAGAGAGCAGCGAGAGCAAAGCAGAGUCUCAGGAUUCCAGGCUAACUCUGGAAGUCACACAAGUGGAUGCACCUUUGCCCAUAGAGGCUGGAUCUGGAUCUGCGGGUAAUGUCGAUAGCUCUGGACCUCCAGAGCCGAAAAGCCCAGUCAAAACUUUGUCUGUGCCGCCCAAAGACAUCAUGCUGGAUUCCAAGGACCCUAAAGCGGAAGACAGGCAAAGUGACACCCCAUCCCCUCCUGUUAGCGCCUUCUCCUCUGGUACCUCCACCACCAGUGAUAUUGAGGUGCUGGACCACGAAAGUGUGAUUAGUGAAAGCUCAGCUAGCUCCAGGCAGGAAACCGCAGAAGCUAAAGCAGGAUUGCACUUGAUGCAAGGUUCCUUCCAGCUUCUUUCGGCCUCUGCCUGUGGAGAUUUCCCCCGUCUGGACGAUUACCCUAAGCUGACGGAAAGCUGCGGCUCUUCCUCCGACGCCUUUGAGCGUAUUGACUCCUUUAGCGUCCAGUCGCUGGACAGCCGCAGCGUCAGUGAGGUCAACUCAGAUGACGAGAUUCCCGGAAACCGCACACUGGCGUCUGUCACCGCUGGCCCCACCCCUGCUCCCCUCGCCCUCCCGGCACCACCGACCAAUCCGGAGCAGGAAGAGGCGGAGUUAACACUGACAGAGUCUAUGAAGGACCAAACGCUGGAGGAGAACGAGAUGGAGGAAAGUGGCCGUAGCGCUACACCAGUUAACUGUGACCAGCCAGAAGACCUGCAGGAGGUGGAGCAGGAGGCUGGCUCAGGUCUCACCUUGUCCAGCUUAAGGACUGACCCUGAUGAAGCACCAACUCCACCUAUUACUGAGGAGCAAAGAGGAGCCUCCACCUGCCAGCUCCUGGAACUACAAAAGGUUAUUGAUGAGCUUACGGGUAGGCUGGAGAAAAGAGAAGCUCAGCUGCUGGCCGUCAGCAAGGACAAGGCCCGUCUGGAGGAGGAGUGUGAUAACCUCAAAGAUGAGGUGAUCGGUCUGAAGGAGGAGAGCUCUAGUGUGCAGUCCCUGAAAGACGAGUUCACGCAGCGCAUCGCUGAUGCCGAGAGGAAAGCUCAGCUUGCCUGCAAAGAGCGAGACAUCGGCAAAAAGGAAAUCAAGGGCCUUCGAGAAGAGUUGGCAGCCAGAUUCAACUCAAAUGAAACUUUGGAGUUGAUAAGAGAGAAGGAGGAACAGAUCAGAGGCCUUCUAGAGGAGGGCGAGAAACUGUCUAAGCAGCAGCUUCAGCACUCCAACAUCAUCAAGAAGCUGAGGGUAAAAGAGAAGGAGAGCGACACGAAGAUCACCAAACAGACCAAAAAACUCAAAGAGCAAGAAGACGAGCUCAAACAGCUGCAGCAGGUUCUGGAUGGAAAGGAGGAGCUGGAGAAGCAGCACAGAGAGAACAUAAAGAAGCUGAACUCUGUUGUGGAGCGGCAGGAGAAAGAUCUGAGCAAGCUGCAGACUGAACUUGAGGAACUACAGGAGAAGAACCGCAGCCUGCAAGCCGCCCUGGACAGCUCUUAUAAGGAGCUUGCAGAGCUGCAUAAGGCCAACGCCACGAAGGCCAGCGAAGCCCAGGAGCUGGCUCUGAGCCGAGAGGUGCAGGCCAAGGAGGAGCUCAGCCUGGCACUGGAAAAAGCCCAGGAGGAGGCCCGCCUACAGCAGGAGGCUCUAGCUAAUCAGGUGGCGGAUCUGAGGCUGGCUCUGCAGAGAGCUGAACAGCAGCAGGCCAGAAAAGAGGAUUACCUACGAGAGGAGAUCAGUGAACUUCAGCAGAGGUUGCAGGAGGCGGAGACCAGGAACCAGGAGCUGAGUCAGAGCGUUACCUCGGCGACCAGGCCCCUCCUGCGGCAGAUAGAGAACCUUCAGGCUACUCUGGGAGCCCAGACGGCAUCCUGGGAAAAACUGGAGAAGAACAUCUCCGACCGCUUAGCUGAAGCCCAGGCUCAGCUGGCUGUUGCAGUGGAGAAGGAGCGCUCGGCAACCGAGGAGCUGCAUGCCAUCAAGGCUCAGCUGGUCUCUCUAGAAUCCCAGAAUUCCAUCCUCCGGCAGGAGAAGGGGCGUCUGCAGGGCCAGCUGGAUGCAGAGAGGACACGGCGGGAGAAGCUGGAGGACGACAACAGCAGGGAACAUGUUGAACUGGAGAAUCUGAAAGGGGAAUACGCACGAGCCCUGGAAGAGGCCAGAAAGGAGAAGCUGCUGCUCACAAACCAGCUUGAGAUGGAGAAAAUGAAGGUAGAGCAAGAGAAGAAGAAAUGCUACCUUGCGCAAGAGGCCCUGAAGGAGAAGGAGCGGAAGACUCCGAGCGUGUCAGUAAGCGAGGCUCCUGCGUCCUCCACCCCAUCCCUCUCUCGCUCCAGCUCCAUCAGCGGAGCUGACCACGGUGGCCUGCACACCUCUAUGCUCUCUCAGCAGGAGGACUCUCUGGACCACUCGUUUGGCACAAUGACCGUGUCUCUGAGCGGGAGCAGCCUGUAUGAGGCAGCAAGACUGAGUGGAGGUUCCAGCAUCAUCGAGAACCUGCAGUCCCAGCUCAAACUGCGGGAAGGAGAGAUUGCACAGCUCCAGCUGGAAAUCUCGAAUCUAGAGAGGAGCCGCUCGGUGAUGGCGGAAGAACUGGUCCGACUGACCAAUCAGAACGAUGAGAUGGAGGCCAAAGUAAAGGAGAUUCCCAGACUCAGAGUGCAGCUCAAAGACCUGGAGCAGAGACACAACACCAUCCUGCAGAUGUACGGAGAGAAAGCAGAGGAGGCUGAGGAGCUGCGGCUCGACCUGGAGGACGUCAAGAACAUGUACAAGACUCAGAUCGACGAGCUGCUCAAAAACCAGAAAUAGACUCGCGCUCUUUCUCACACAUUCACACUCUCACGGUCUCACUGACACGUGACGGGGCUACAAGUGCAUUUACUGUAGAAGGAAGAUUGGCUUUCGGUUGGUGAAAGCAGAACCUUUGUGUCGUGCAAGAGGCUCAUCCUCCUCCCACCAGUAUACAUAUUUUUCUCCUUUGUGCUCGUGCAUUUUCACGAUCGGGUAUGUACUCCGUAGCUAUUUAAGAACUGAUUCCUUUUGGGGUUGUUGAAUCUGAAAGUUUUAAAUGUGAUUUUUCCCUCAGAAGACAACUCCUGGACUUUAACAAGGACAACUGCCUGUCUGUUAGUGUGGGCUUAGGUUUGGUGAGUGACUUGUGUAACACAAGAAUUUGCACAUUUAAGAUCAUCUGAUCUCUGAGAGCCUGACUCCAGAUGGUUUCUCUCUGUUGUCUCUGUUCUCGCUUAUAUCUUUAUGUCCGAUAUUUAAUGACCGCAUUACCAUUUUCAGACGACAUACUGUUCCUGUUCAGUCAUUACUGCUCAAUCAAUGAGGAAAGUACCAACAGUCUCUGGCUGCAAAGCUGCAAAAGUUUUUAAGGAAAAACUUGGGAAAUCUAGUUACCACACGUGUGAAGUGACAUUUCUUAGUAAUAUUCCCCCACGGGGAAAUCUCCGAGAGGGGACAAAUGUCAAAUCGAGUAGAUUGGAUAAAGUUGACUAUUGCACUAAACUAUUGCUCAGCUGUUGUGGAAACUAAGUCCAGCAGUCCUGGACAUCUGCACAGCCCCACUUCAGUCACUUCAAUAUAAAAAGUAGAAUUUGUGACUUAGCAAGGUCCCUCUGUGGCUCACUAAAAUGUUACUUGGACUACCUUUAAAGACUGGUUCAUAAAAAACGUGCAGUUUUCCCCAUAACCCAAGCGUAGUUACUUGGCCAACACGUUGUGUGGCUAAUAUGAUGCCUGGUUCCAUAGAUUUACACUUAUGUUUUAACUACAUUAGCCUUGUAGGUCCAGUGCAGAAAGAAAAGGACACCAAACAUCUUUCCCGAUCGACUGUGUUUGGGAUAAGGGGGAAAUUGUGUACGAUUUUUUUGGAGAACCUUUCCUUUAACCUGGACCAGACUGAUCCAACUACAGCUUCAUUGCAAACUAUAGUUGUUUAUUUCUCAUGAUGCAAUCGUCUGUCAUGGAUAAGCUUCCAUCUACAGUUUCUGUAUAAAUGUGUAAAUAAAAUGAGAAAUAUAGGCUAUUGA